UUAAAGCAGCAACGGCACAUCUGUUGUGUGGCACAUGUCAGAGGUACAUGAACGGGGUUUUUCUGUUGGUUACGUGUUUGUAUGCGUGAAACCUUGGUUUCCGCGCUGAUAUUAUUUAGGUAGUCAACGAUAGUGAGGGCCAGGACAGCUAACAACAAUCAAUCAGCGCAAAUUAGACAGCAUCAGUAGCUCUAGCCGUGGCCAUGGCUAAAACCAUUGGUCAGUGGACUAAGCCCGGUAUGGUUCUUGCUGCUUUCCGUAUUUUGUCUUUUGUUUACACAUUUUGAGCCCCGCCCUCGAGAAGCGACAUUUUGACUGUAUCUUUGUAUUAUAUGCACACACAGACUAACACACGUCAGCUAACUAAAUAAAUGUAUCGCAUAUCUAGAUCAUUUAUAUCGACGUAGAUUAAGAAAACAUAUCACGUUAUCGAUAAUUUGUUUAACAUAGCUAGCUAGUUAUAUAGCCAUACACAUUUGCUAGCAAGUCAUUACAAGUGUAGACUGUAGAUGUUUUGAAAUCCGUCGAGAGGACAAUAUUCUUUAGAAUAAUAUAGCCGUCUCCCCAACCCCACCGUGGCUAACUGUAGUUAGCUGCAUCUCUGAUUUCCUCCUGCGACAGCGAGGUAUCAAGUCACAAUAUGAACUGCCGUUCGGAAGUGUUGGAGGUGUCUGUGGAGGGCAGGCAGGUUGACGAGGCCAUGUUGGCUCUACUGCAUACGAUUCUGUUGCACCGCAGCACCGGAAAAUUUCACUACAAGAAAGAGGGGACUUAUUCCAUUGGCACUGUUGGAACGCAGGACAUUGACUGCGACUUCAUCGAUUUCACCUUUGUUCGCGUGUCUUCCGAGGAGCUUGACAGAGCCAUCAGAAAAGCAGUCGGGGAGUUCAAGGAAGCUUUGGGGAACUCUGGGAGCGACGGAAUGGGACAGAUUUCUCUGGAGUUCUACCAGAAAAAGAAGUCCCGCUGGCCUUUCUCAGACGAGUGCAUCCCCUGGGAAGUCUGGAGCAUCAAAGUAAACGUCGUCAACUUGGCCAACGAGCAAGAGAGGCAGAUCUGCCGUGAGAAAGUGGGCGAGAAGUUGGGCGAGAAAGUAAUUAACAUUGUGGAGGUGAUCAACCGUCACGAGUACCUGCCCAAGAUGCCCACGCAGUCCGAGGUGGACAACGUGUUCGACACCAGUCUCAAAGAUGUCCAACCUUACCUGUACAAGAUCACGUAUCAGAUCACAGACUCACUUGGCACCUCAGUGAGCACUACCAUGCGGAGACUCAUCAAGGACACAUUGGCACUUUAGAGACCUCUGUUUGUGGAGGAGGACUCUUUGACAGGCCUUACUGACUUAUUGGACCACGCGAAAUAAUUUCUACGCGUGGGUUGAUUCGAUGACUGACAUAGACUAGCUAGCUAAUUUUGGAGUUCCUGAUGAAUUCCUAACAUUAUAGAUUGAAAUAAUGCGCAGGCCCGGCGCUCUUCCGAACAAAACAAAUACGCGUGGUAAAAAAGAAAAGAAAAAGUAAAAUGUCUCUGGUUAUUUGUAGUAGUAGUAGUAGUAGUAGUAGUAGUGGUGGUGUUUUGUACAAACGAAGCUCGGAAAUAAUCAUUACAGCGAUCACCAAUUUAGGGUUAAAACAGAAAAAACUAGCACAGCACGCUUUUGGCAACAGUUGAUCCUUAAAGUGAUUGAAAAUAUGACUGCCUUUCAUAUGUAUUGUAUUGCUACUGUAACGUCACCAGUAUAAAUAUUCGACACCAGUAUAAAUAUAUUGUACAAAUAAAUUGAGUUGGAAAAUGAUGUCUACAACUUCAGCGCAUAAUAACAACAAUGUAUUUGUGAGAUGGGACUUUAAAUGUUGCAUAAAAUUUCAGUUAUAUUUCUGCAAGCAACUAAAUGUAUCUUCAUAAAAUUACAAAAAUAAAAUGCCUUUGGUUCAGAUGAUA